GUCUGCAGGAGGGUCCGGUCCUGCGGCUCGGCAGUGGGGGGCUAGGGCGCUUGGGUGCCUCUGCAGCAAGGACCGCAGGACCUCGCCGCCAUGUUGCUGGAGCCCGCGACCCCGGGACCUGCAGCUUCCGACGCGCCCCCGGAUUCCAGCCGCAUUCGCCACAGUACAGUGCCCCCCUGGGCCCUGGCCACCAUCGUACUGGUCUCAAGCCUCCUUGUCUUCAGCUGCUGUUUCUGUUUCUAUCGUAAGCGGUGUCGAAGGCGGCUGGGCAAGAAGACCCAGGCCCAAGCCCAGGUUCACCUUCAGGAAGUGAAGGAACUGGGCCGGAGUUACAUAGACAAGGUGCAGCCAGAAGUGGAGGAGCUGGAACCCUCACUGUCAGGGCCAGGGCAGCAAGCAGCAGAGAAGCAUGUGUUGGGACGACUGCAAUACUCACUGGAUUAUGACUUCCAGAGUGGCCAGCUGCUGGUGGGUAUCCUGCAAGCUGAGGGACUGGCUGCCUUGGACCUGGGAGGUUCCUCAGACCCAUAUGUGCGGGUCUACCUGCUGCCGGACAAGCGGAGGCGACAUGAAACCAAGGUGCAUCGGCAGACGCUGAACCCACACUUUGGGGAGACCUUUGCUUUCAAGGUCCCCUAUGUGGAGCUGGGGGGCAGGGUGCUGGUCAUGGCUGUAUACGACUUUGACCGCUUCUCUCGUAACGACGCCAUUGGGGAGGUGCGGGUUCCUAUGAGCUCCGUGGACCUGGGGCGACCAGUGCAGGUCUGGCGGGAGCUGCAGGCGGCCCCGAAGGAGGAGCUGGAGAAACUCGGAGACAUCUGCUUCUCUCUCCGUUAUGUCCCCACGGCUGGAAAGCUCACUGUUAUCGUCCUAGAGGCUAAAAACCUGAAGAAGAUGGACGUAGGCGGACUGUCAGACCCCUACGUCAAGGUCCACCUGCUGCAGGGCGGCAAAAAGGUGCGGAAGAAGAAAACCACCAUUAAGAAGAACACUCUCAACCCUUAUUACAACGAGGCCUUCAGCUUUGAGGUGCCCUGUGACCAAGUCCAGAAGGUCCAGGUGGAGCUGACCGUGCUGGACUACGACAAGCUGGGCAAGAACGAGGCCAUCGGGAGGGUGGCUGUGGGCGCGGCAGUGGGUGGCGCUGGCCUGCGGCACUGGGCGGACAUGCUGGCCAAUCCCCGGAGGCCCAUCGCGCAGUGGCACUCGCUGCGGCCCCCUGACCGUGUGAGGCUGCUGCCAGCGCCCUGAUCCCUACGCCCAAGACCCUGCCAAACCUGGAUUCUGGCACUGACCCCGGACUCCUGAGCCUGACCAGAGUCCAUCCCAGCCCUGCCUUAGGCCUCUGCCUCUGGCCCCCGACUGCCCCAACCACGGAUCCAUGCCUGCCUCCCACCCCUACCGUGCCACCGCGACAGCUUUCCAACCCCAGGAGCACACUCAGAAGCCCCAGGCACCCCUGGGGCGGGAGAGCAGCCCGGUCUGGCCCGCCCCCAGGCCCCGCCCUCAGCCGUGACAAUCGGCCACGCAGUCUAGUAUCCCCUGCGCUCCCAGCGCCUCUCUUUCCACACAGCUUGACUCCUGCACUGCUCUCCGGGCCAAAUAAACACUCAGCAGCUCUGGUGGCCUGGCCCCAGUGCUCCUUGAGGGGUGAGCAGGGCUGGGGGCCAAGAGGGAACCUCACCUGCGCUUACCGGGCAGCCCUGGUGCUGCCCACACUGGAAACCCAGUUCGGCACUCACUUCCCAGCCUCCCCUGCCCCCUCUGGAAGCUGUGAUCCGAACGUCUUCCACAUUCGCUGCUGCACUGAGAGUCCCCUGCUCACGAGCUUCCCAGGCCCUCCAGGCCCUCGCCCACCCCGCUCGGUCUCACACGCAGCCUCCAAUCCUCCCCUGCCGCCCUCGCUCCUCCGCCCUCUGGUUCUUCCUUGCAUCUCGCAUCAUCUUCCUUUUCCGAGGUCUUCUGUGUGGGCCAGCACAGGUGCAAACCCAGACCUACCCCAGCCGCUGACUCAUCCAGAAACAAAUGGACAGUCUCCCACGGAACUCUCCAAGGCUGGGAGAAAGGACGUGUUCAGGAGAGUCAGUGACUAUUUCCACCUCGUUCUUCUUUCAACAAAGGCUGCUUCCCAAUUCGUUUGUGGGAAGAUGAUGGAUUCACUGACUUCCCCCUCACCAUACAGGGUUUUGGGUGGUAGACAAAGGCUGUGGACUCUGGCCAGGAAGUUUCUGAGCAGUGAGUUGAGUAGAAAAUGGUCAGAAAGUACCCCCAUGUUCUAAGGAAAGGGUCAGAGUACAAACAUUCCUGAGCUUCCUGGUAGCCAGUGGGCAAAGGGAGUCAGAUCCAUUCCAUGCAGUAUGAUGUCCAUGUGAUUUAAACAUUUCCCCAAAGGAAUGCUGUAGUCUCUCCUGUGCGUCUUUAUGAAGACAGCACGGCAUUAUAACUACUACUGCUACCACUGCCAAGAUCCUCACAGCACAGCAACUCUGCAAGACCCUGUCUGAGAAUGAAGAAUGAAAAGGGGUGGGGUGUGGCUCAGUGCUAGAGCACCCUGAGUUCCAUCCCCAGAGCCAAAAAUCAAACACACAACUAAAACCCACAAUUUUCACUCCCAAAAUGACAAAUGAGGGACAGAGAAUCAAUGUGACUUGCUCAGAAUCACAUAGCCAAAAGGUCUGUCUGAGUCCUGGCGUUGAAUCUGUUCCAAUUUAGAUGACAACCGUGGGGCCCUGGUUCUAUCUCAGCAAGAGAGCAGACCAGUGAGAAGAAUAGAGCCAUUACCACUGGCCCUCCGCGUCGGAGGGAAACCAGCAAAAGCUGACGUGGUUCAGGAAGGCGGUUGGGGACGUCCUUCCUGAGGAGGGGCCGUUCAGCUGAGGUGGGAAUGAUGAAUGACCACCUGGAAGACCACACACAGGGUGACGCACCGCGGCAUGUCACCCGACAGGAAGGAAGGAGCGCUCCUCUGUGCUUCAGCAUGGCCCGCCUGGGAAUGUUACUGCGAGUGACAGAGGCCACAAAAGGCCCCAGUAGCCGAUGGCACUGUUGCUGGGGAGUUCCCCAGGACGGCCGCUGCCCUACUGAGGAGUGGGGUCCGCGAUGCAUGGGAUGGGGAGGGGUCUCAGGUGGGGUGUCUGUUUAGGAAAGCAAGAGACACACUGAAGGCAGAGAGGGAGAAGCACCCUGGGGGCCUGGUCCUCUUCUCAAGGGAACUGGGGAGAGGUGGGCGUGGGAAGGUGUGGGGUGACAUCAUCUAGUCAGUCUCAAGAUCCUCGGGUGGACGUCUCCAUUGUCUGGUCAGCAGGUAAUGUUGGAAAGUCCCUUAAAGUAUAACUUUCUUUUUUUUUAAUAUUUUUUAGAUGUUGAUAGACCUUUAUUUUAUUCAUUUAUUUAUAUGUGGUGCUGAGAAUUGAACCCAGUGCCUCAGACAUACUAGGCAAGCACUCUGCCAGUGAGCCAUAACCCAGCCCCUAAAGUAUAGGUUUCUUAAAAUGCUGUGUCUCUCUUAAUCCAUUUAUCAGAGGGAUAAUCAACAGUGCAUCAGGGAAUUUUCCUAAGUGGGUGAAUUUACAGCAAUUAAGAUUUGCCAGAAAUUUGGGAGGGUCAGGCCUAGGAGAGUAUUCGGAACUUCUGAAUUAAAAUUGUCUUUCCUGUC